UUAAUAUAGACAUACUUCCAUGUUAAUCCAAUGAAGCGAUUACGAUUCAUGUGUUACAGGAGUGGCGCUCUCCUACCCCUGUUUAGGCAAAGGCGUUCCGCUACCAUUUCUGAGGGACAUUCGUCACCGUCCGAUUCGGAGUCCAAGCACCCCUUGGAGUCAGCUCCCGUUAUGGCGCAACUCUACUCCAUACAACAGUACCACAAACUUCAAAGCAGCAAUUCCCAAUUCAGCAAGUGUAAACAGCUGGAGCAGCAGGCGUGGUCGCUCCUCCAGGAUUUAGAAGAGGCGGAGGUGAAAUCAAUGCCUACCAAUGAAAUUGCCGAAUUACUCAGCGCGUGGUGUUACUUUGCCCGUUUCUGGGAUGAAGGGAUGAAUGGACCCUCACAACAAAGGCUUCAAGAUAAAAAGGAAGGAGACCAGGAACCAGGGAUGGAAUCUAUUUUGAAAGAAAUUCCACUGGUAACGCGCAAGGAUAAUAAAGCCGAACACUUAUCUUUCAUGGAGAAGCCUCGUCGUCCUAACCCUUUGGAUGAAAUCUUGGAUUUUUAGCAGGACAGAAUUUUAUAAAUUUAUGGAAAUUUCCUUACUUAA